AUGGAGCAGCAGCAGCAACAACAGCCCCAGCAGCAGCCGCCUGCGGGCGGCGUCCCAGGCCCUACCGGCCGCCGGCUUCACAUUGCGCACAGGAGAAGCCCCUCCGAGCUGACUCCGUUGAUGAGCAUGUUUGCCAACCCGGGCAUGGAACAGCUAGCUAUCCAGCAGCAGAUUGAGCUGUUGCAGCAACAGCAGCAACAGAUCCAAGCUACUCAGCAAUACAUGAACAUGGGAAUGAUGCCCCCCGCGCAGCAGCUCGGCCCAGGUGGUGCUUUCAACCUGCAGCCGGGGAUGGCGCCGCAGGGCGGCUUCCAGUUCCCUCAACAGCUCCCACAGCAAAAUGUAUCUAUGGGCGGUCCUCCCACGCAGCCCAUGUCACAUCGCCGUAAUCAGUCGGCACUUCCCAACAUGGGAAUGGGCCCCCCUCCCGCCCCCUCCUCAGGUGCUUCCGGCUCGGCCUUUAACAACGAUGCCGCCGCCGGUGCUCCCAGCGGCAGAGAAAACGCCGGUGGUCGCGGAGGCCGAGGUGGCGGCGCCGGAGGUGGCCAUCAAAGACGUCACUCUCUUGCGCUCGCCGAUGCGAAAAAGGCGGCUGAAAUUGCCCAGCAGAAGCGCACAACGUCGGGUUUCCAAUUCCCCGGCCCCGGCGCCUCUGGCGACGCUGCCGAGGGUGGCGCCCCCGCCCCCGCUCCGACCCAGCCCGAAGCCCCGAUUGCUCAGGGCACCAGUGCUGGUCGUGGACGCGGAGGACAUGGCCGCAGUCAGAGCAUGGCUGUCAACGGCCGUGGAGGUGGCGCUUCUGGUGGUCGUGGCGGCUUCUCUGGUGAUAACCAGAACGACUUCGGACGCCGCGGCAGCUCCGGUCACGCCAGAACCGGCUCUCGCAACUUUGACGGCAACUGGCGCAACCAGGGCGGGAAUCAAGGCCAGGAGCAGGGUGGCUUCCAGCCUGGACACCGCUCUCGUGGUUCCAUUAACCAGUCCAUCUCUAGCAUUGGCGCGUUCCAGUACCCCGGUCAGCCUCAGCUUAUGCAGAUGCCCGGCCAGAUGCUUCCCAUGCAGAUGUACCCCGGUCAGCAGCUGAACCCCAUGCAGAUUCAGCAGCUCCAAGCUCUGCAGGCCCAGAUGAACGGCCAGCAAUUCGUCGGUCUUCAGGGUGGCCAGCACGGCGGUCAGCUCGGCGGCAACCAGCAGCAACAGCAGCAGAGAAAGACCCUCUUCACUCCUUACCUCCCCCAGGCCACUCUCCCGGCUCUUCUUGGCGAUGGCCAGCUUGUGUCUGGUAUCCUCCGCGUGAACAAGAAGAACCGCAGUGACGCCUAUGUCUCCACCCAGGACGGUUUGCUCGAUGCCGAUAUCUUUAUUUGCGGUAGCAAGGAUCGCAACCGUGCCCUUGAGGGUGACCUGGUUGCCGUCGAGCUGCUCGACGUUGACGAAGUAUGGUCUCAGAAGCGCGAGAAGGAAGAGAAGAAGAAGCGCAAGGACAUCACUGAUACCCGGUCUGGAUCGACCAAUGGACAGAACCAGUCGUCCAACAACAAUGACGACAACACCCAGCAGGAGGGCGGCAUUCGCCGUCGCGGCAGUCUGCGCCAGCGCCCCACCCAGAAGAAGAACGACGAUGUCGAGGUUGAGGGUCAGAGCCUGCUUCUCGUCGAGGAGGAGGAAAUCAACGAUGAGGCGAAGCCCCUGUAUGCUGGACACAUCGUCGCUGUUAUUGAGCGUGUUGCUGGCCAGAUGUUCUCGGGUACCCUUGGUCUGCUCCGUCCCAGCAGCCAGGCUACCAAGGAGAAGCAGGAGGCCGAGAGAGCCGCCAGAGAUGGUGGCAACAACCGUCAUCAAGACAACCGCUCCCAGGAGAAGCCCAAGAUUGUUUGGUUCAAGCCUACCGACAAGCGCGUGCCGCUCAUUGCCAUUCCUACCGAGCAGGCCCCUCGCGACUUCGUCGAGAAGCACCAGGAUUACGCGGAUCGAAUCUUUGUGGCUUGCAUAAAGCGCUGGCCGAUUACUUCUCUGCAUCCUUUCGGUACCCUCGUCGAGCAGCUUGGCCGCAUGGGCGACCUUAAGGUGGAGACCGACGCCCUGCUUCGCGACAAUAACUUCUCCUCUGAUGAGUUUUCUGAGGCUGUUCUGCGUAGCGUUGGCCUGCAGGAUUGGUCUCUCGCCAAGGAGGAUGAGACAGCCCUGGCAACUCGCCGUGACUUCCGUGAUGAGAAGGCCGUUACUCUCGACCUCGAUGGAUCUCCCGAGCUUGCCAACGCCAUCCACAUCAAGACCCAGCCUGACGGCAAGAUCGACAUUGGUAUUCACAUUCCUGAUGUCACUCACUUUGUCAAGCCCAACUCCCUGGUCGAUCGCGAGGCCAAGAAGCGUGGCACGGCUGUUCACCUCGUCAACCGCACCUGCGCUCUCCUGCCCCCUAAGAUCUUUGGCGAGGUUUGCUCAUUGACCCCCGGUGAGGAGCGCCUCGCUGUCAGUGUGCUCUUCCGUGUCAACCCCCACACCGGCGCCGUUGCCGAGGGUGACGCCUGGGUUGGCAAGAGUAUCAUCAAGAGCACCGCCAAGAUUACUGUGGACGAGAUCGAUGCUGCCUUGAACGGCCAGGCUGACUGGAAGCAUGAGUCUAUUCAGCUUAAGGAUAUUCAGAUUCUCAACGCUGUUGCUCAAAAGUUCACUGAGGCCCGUCUUGGUGCGGGUGGCGAGCCUAUUGCCCCUCUCCGCCUCAUGCAACAGCUUGACGAUGAGAACAUCCCCAUCAAGCACAACAUCUUUGACUCGACCCCUGGCACCGAGCUUGUUGAGGAGCUUAUGCACAAGGCCAACACCUUCGUUGCUCAGCGCUUGGCUGAGGCUCUUCCGGAGAAGGCAUUGCUCCGCCGUCAAGGUCCGCCGAAUGCCCGUCGUCUGCAGACCUUUGCUGAUCGCAUGAACUCGAUCGGCUAUGAGGUUGAGACUUCCGGCAGCGGCAGCCUGCACAACAGCCUCUUCAAGGUUGACGACGCCGAUGUGCGCAAGGGAAUGGAGACUCUUGUCCUCAAGUCGAUGCAGCGCGCCAAGUACUUCAUCGCUGGCAAGACGGCCAAGCAGCUGUGGCCUCACUUCGCUCUCAACUUGCCGCUCUACACUCACUUCACAAGCCCCACUCGGCGCUACGCCGAUAUCAUCGUUCACCGACAGCUCGAGGCUGCUCUUUCCGAGGGCAAGAUCGAGUACACUGAGGAUCUCGAGGCCCUUGUCAAGACCAUUGAAUCCUGCAACACCAAGAAGGAUUCCGCCCAAAACGCUCAGGAACAGAGCAUUCACAUUGAAUCCUGCCGCAAGAUGGACAAGAAGAGACAGGAGGUCAACGGCGACCUCAUCACGGAAGGUAUUGUUAUCUGCGUGUACGAGUCUGCGUUUGAUGUUCUCAUCCCCGAAUGGGGCUUUGAGAAGCGUGUCCACUGCGACCAGUUGCCGCUUAAGAAGGCUGAGUUCAGGAAGGAGAAGAGGGUGCUCGAGCUCUACUGGGAGAAGGGUGUGCCGAGCUCUGCAUACGUACCUGAGGAUGAGCGCCCCAAGGCUGCCGCGUCUGUUAGGAACGCGAAUGCCAUGGCUGCUGCCCGUCAAGCGCAGGAGGCUGAGCGCGUCAAGAAGGAGAGGGAAGAGGCUGCUCGCAAGCAGACUGAGACCGGCACCAUUUCCACCGACGAUGUCGACGCCCUCUUCGAUGAUGACGAUGACAAUGCCUCGGAUGUCACCGAGGCUAUGGCCGGUGCUUCGUUGGCCGAGAGGCCCACGCAGAGCGUUCCCGGCUCCCCGACCCGAUCGGACGCUAAGCCUCUGCAGCGCACCAGGUCCGAUUCCAAGGUACCCGCACCGGAGGCUCCCGAGACCCGCUUGUCCAACAAGGAGAAGUACCUCAAGCUUUACAAGCUGCGUGAAGAGGGUGGCGAGUACAUCCAGGAUGUUACGGAGAUGACCAGAGUCCCGGUCAUCCUCAAGACUGAUCUCUCCAAGAGCCCACCUUGCUUGACUAUUCGGUCCCUGAACCCCUAUGCUCUGUAG